AAUUCUGAACAAGACUGUUCUGGUGGCAACGAUAUCCACAAUAAGAUGUUUGUGAUUACAUCGACCCCGAAAGGUACCUCUUCUUCACCACGAGAAGAAAAUAAGGGUGCUACAGUUUCGCCCGAUAAUCGCCCCAUAAAACCAAUGAGUGAUGCGGAUUACCGCCGCUAUUUUCUUCCAUCCAACGAGGAAUGCACAUCACAUCGUCACGAUCACCAUGGAGCUAAGCAUGCCGCACGUGAGCAAAAAGUUCCAGAAUGCGAUAUCGGCAGUACUGUUGCUAGUGCUGUGAAUCAAAGAUGGAAAACGAAGACAGACCUGGGUACGGCGCAAAAAACUGCUGCUGGCAAUUCGCAGAAGCAUUUUUUUUUUCAAAAUUUGAUUGCAUCAAUCCCAGACUUUUUUAGCAGUUUUUUUUGCAAAACUGUUAUCUCUUUGAUUAUUCUGUGGGGCGGUCAAAAGCAUAGCCUGAUACCGAAGAAAUUACCUGGAUCUAUGAACAAGAAGAAACACAGGGCAAGCAACAGCGGCAAUCGAGAGGAAUGCAGCGAAAAGCCGAAGCGUGCAGCUGCUAUGAAGAUCAGUGUUGUUUUUUUGAGGGGCAGUCAAAAGCAUAGCCUGAUACCGAAGAAAUUACCUGGAUCUAUGAAUAAGAAGAAACACAGGGCAAGCAACAGCGGCAAUCGAGAGGAAUGCAGCGAAAAGCCGAGGCGUGCAGCAGCUAUGAAGGUAAUUUCUUAUAAGGAGAAGGAUUUGAUCAAGAAGCGCAAUGCAGAUUGA